AUGAGUCGACCCUUAGCUUUGGGGGCUGGUGCUGGAUCACUAAGCAGUCUCGCCUUAACCUUUCUUAGUCAGCAGCUGCUCUCGUCGCCGGAGCCUUCACCUGUCUUCGAGCGCUACGCCCUUGAUUGUCCGGCCGGAGAGGACCGGCACUACUUCAUCCUUGGCCUCCUGGCGGGCAUCUUGAUCGGGAUCCUCCUUGGCGGCGUCCUGGACCUGCUCUACUUGUGGAAGCAGCGGCUUACUGUGGAGCUGGCCAGGGUGCAACUUCGAAGCAGGUUGUACGCCAUCUACUCCGACGCUGAAGGCCACCCGCUUGAAGUUGCCUUGGUGUUUCAUCGUCUGUGUGAUCUGCGAGCCAGGCACGGCGAGCCACCGGGCGCACAGGCGUCCGCUGGCCGGAUGCCUGAGACGGAGACGGACGGGGAGGACUGCGGUGGCGACCACGUGGCCUCCCUCAGAGAGAAUUUGGUCGCCGUCAGCGAAGACGAGGUGGACUACGACUAUCCUUUGGCUGCGGUUGCUGUUCCUCGAGACGGUCAGCCUCCUCUCUUGAUUGCUGCGGCCCUUGUCGGGAUUGCGGUGACUGGCGAGAUCAUUGUUGCGCUCCCUGCUGGGGUCUGGCACCGGACCGCGGCUCGGCGGGUUCUGCCUCGGACUUUUGCAAGGCGCCUUUCAGCUGGCCGAGUUCGUCUUUGCCAGCCUGAAGAUCGAGACAACGCUCUUGAAGGUGACUGCCGGGUUUGUUUUGGCCUUCUCAGCGAGGAGGGCGAGGCUGCCACCGACCUCGUGCGUGACCUUGAGGAUCCUGUUGAGCUUGGCCACACUUUUGGAAGUGAAGAGUCGAGUGAUUUGCUUCCAUUUGCGCCCACCUUGAUUGACGCGUCGAGGAACCUUUUUGAAUUCCUGACGGCCGAGUCCGGCGAGCUCCCGGUGGCUCCUGUGCCUGUGGGACCUGCUGGCGAUCCCGUUGUUGACCGCAUCGCAUCCUUGGAGGCAUGCCUGUCAGAGCUCAAGCAGGACAUCGCAAAGGUCAUCGGCGCUGUUGGAUCGGCAGAUCGGCAACCUCCCUCUCAGCGAGACCUUCCUGGUCAUCUUUCUUCGGCGAGGCCCUCAAAGAAGGCUUCCGCGAAGGCGACGGCUGCUCCCACAAGGUUCCGCGGCUUGGACCCCACCGUCACUCAGGCAGCCCUGGAUGCUGGCAUCGAAGGCAGCCACUUGGAGGAGAUGUCGAGGCUUCUGCAGCGGCAAAGUUCAAAGCUGGGAGACACUCCAGGACCCAAAGGACGACGUACCGCGAAGGGCAAGGCGAAGGACGAGCUCGAGGACGAGGACUCUUUCCCCGAAACUGUGCCGGACGAAGCGCCUGCAGCUCCGAUGAACCCCAUGGAGGUGGCAGUCAGCAAGCUCACGGAGAUAGCGGGCCAUCUCGCUGCACAGAAAAAGAAGGAGGGGACUCUGGAUGCUCUUCUCGACGGCGGCGGAUCUGGGUCGGCCGACAGCGCCGGCAGCGGCGGCUCGGCAGCUCGGAACGCGGCAGCGCUGCGGGCGCUGAAGGAAAGCCUGGGGCAACGGCCGGAGGAUCUCGUCAAGGUCCUGGAGCGCAAUCUCGAAUCCGACUUCAACAUGCGGACCUCCCUGCCCGGCUCCUCUGCUGUGCCGGUUUCAUGUCGAGCGUGGUUGGAACUGAGGAGCAAGGUUCAGAACUACCCCAGCACGAUUCGGUUUUGCUGGGCCAUCGCCGGCAUAGCAGAUUGCAUCAAGGCAGAGAAACAUCAGGAAGCUUAUCUUCGUUGUCUUCUCGCACUCUCGGCAGGGGAUCAGCUCAGCAUAGACAAAGGAUCGUGGACACUAGCGGGGGAGAUGAUGCUGGAGGAUGCUCCUCCAUUUCAGGCUUUUGCAAGCCACACCCUCCCUUCAGGCAGCGAACAACCUUUCAGCCGCCUUUACGACAGACGCUGGAUCGAGGUCCUGACGACGCAUUUGAAGCAGCUCGACGCCUACCUCGACACAAGGAAGAAGCUCGGCGCGGCUCAACCUCCCCCGAUGUGGCGCAAGCGAGACGAGCAGCGACCCGAUCAGGGAGAAGACGAGCGCCUUCCCGUGCCGGUACGAAAAGGAGAUGGCAAGAAAGGAAAGAGCCACGAGAAAGCCGAGAAGCCCGAGAGGCAGGGCACGCCACACGUCAUGGACCACGAUUGCCGGGGGAGACAGCUUCAUCCGUUGACUACCUCAACGUUGAUUUGGCCCAUGCCUUUGCCUUACCGCUUUAGAGCUGCAAACUUGGAUAUGCCGACCCGGGCCUUUCGCAAUGCCGUAGACCUGGUGAUCGCCAUGCUCAACUGGCUGCAUCUUGGACGUCCUCAUGUAGCCCCUGAUGAUCUACUUGCGUCAAGUAGGCUUUCCGGCGAGCAGCGGGCGGUUGUGAGCAGGAUCGAGGCCAUGUUGAGUGAUGUACUUCGUCACCCUGCCGUUGCUGCUUCGGACAUGGGUCGUGCCGCGUCAAAGAUCGAGAACCUCGAGUCCAUGGUCGCCGGCCUUCAACGCAGUGGAGCCGUUCUUGCAGCUCGUUGUCGUGGAUAUCAUGAGGGACCUGACCGAUUCCCGCGCUUUGACCCUCUGGAACUGGAGUUUGGCGAGCCGCUGGCGCUGCCUCGCUUUGGGAGCUCUCUUGCUCACCCUGUGAUAGCUUCUCGCGUCGAGUUUGGCGACCUUGCUGCCUUCGACCCGGUGAACUUCCUUGAUUCCAAGUGCGCUGCCCAUUACCUCAACCCGUUGGACUUCGCCCUCAACGAAGCAGAGGCUGUUGCUGUGCCACCUAGAGCCCGAGUUCUAGCCGGCCAGGCUGAACGUGGCGCGCUUCUGCGAAAGCUCGACAAGGGCGACCGGCUUCGCCUGCUCCCCACCUCCUGCUGCAGGGAAAGGCACUUGAACGGCCUUUUUACGGUCCCGAAAUCCCUUGAACGAGAUCGCCUUAUCAUGGAUGCCCGGGGACCCAAUUUGUUGGAAGAAGGGCGAGCAGAGUGGACUCGGUCAAUGGCAAGCGCCGUGAGCCUCUUUGGAACCGUCCUCAAGCCUAACGAGGUCCUCGUCUUCAGCGGAACUGACCUGAAGGACUACUACUACCAGUACCGCAUAUCCCCUCAACGCGCCAUCAGGAACGCUCUUGCUUUGGAACUCAACGAGGGCGAGGCCAGGAUGUACACGUGCUUCGAGGAGAAGUUCGCCGGUCAGGGGCCCUUCCGCCCCUGCUUCAAUUCUAUGGCUAUGGGAGAUCUGAACUCUGUUGAAUUCGGACAGUGCGCCCAUCUCUCUCUGAUCCUAAGCGCUGGGAGCGUUUUCCCCGAAGAGCUGUUGACGAUGAAGAGCCAACCUUCACGGUCGAGGGUGCAAGGCGGAGUGGUCAUCGACGACUUUGUUGUUGCCGAAAGGAUGCCUCGCAGACGUUUCGACGAGCUAGCGCCCGGCUCCUCCGAAGGCGCCGCUCGGCUUCGCCGAGCUGGUCAAUGCUACUCUGAGGUGCACCUGCCCGAGAACCACAAGAAAGCUUUCUCUGAGCAGCUCCAUGCAGAGUUCUGGGGAGCCUCUCUCGACGGCGACGCUGGGACCAGCCGACCGAUCGUCUCGCGACUCCUACCGGUUCUUUCGCUCACUGCCAUAUCGCGAAACUUGGAUUCGGGACUCGCUAUCUGCUGGAAGUCAUCAGUGGAGGUGUUCAAGGCUCCCAAGGACAUCGGCGAACACGUCACCUUCAAGAUGUGGCCCAGGUUGCGAGCAGAGCUGUGGACUUUGGUUAUCGUUGCGCCCGUGGUUCGGUGGAACUUCCGCACUCGUCCUUGUCUUGAAGUUUCGGCCACUGACGCCUCGGACAAGUGGGAAGCGGAAGUUACGACCAUUGUGCCUGAGGUCUUCGCCGACGAGUUGUGGCGACACGUCUUGCGGAAGCCCGUGUGGACGAAGCUGCUGAAACCGGACCUUGCUGGUCUGCGAGAAGCUGGAGUCUUGGAGGAGCACCUUGAACUACCUGGCGACGAGCAGCUCCCUCACCACCCCCUGUGGAAGGCCGUGUUCUGCCACAUGAAGUUUAGGCCUUGCUGGAGGAAACGCAUUCAAAAGAAGCGCCACAUCAACGUGCACGAGCUGCGCGCUGUGUUGGCGGGCGAGUCACGUCGGGCCCGAGUCUGUCCUUCGAGCCGUGUUCUUUCUGGCGCUGACAGUCAGGUUGCCUUGGGCUGCCUUCUCAAGGGAAGAUCUUCGUCUCCUCGUUUGAACGGAGUCCUUCGCGCCUCACUCCCAGAUUACAUCGGCCUGGACAUUUUCGGAGGAUAUAUGUUUGUGGCGUCCGGGGACAACCCGUCGGACGACCCGACGCGAGAUGCUGACCUGCGUGACCCUCAACUUCCGGUCCCGGACUUUUUGCAGUCCGCCUUGUGCGGUUCGUUCCACGAUCUUGACGAGGAGCUUGCUGUCAGGGGAGUUGACUACGUUUCUUUGCUGGGACUUCCUCCUCUUGAAACCAUUCGCCGACUUUGGGAUGGUGCCAGUGCUCUUCGACGGCGGGAACGCCGCAACUUGUGGAUCGCGAGCAAAGCCGAGAGCCGAGCGAAACUCCGCACUGCUGCUGCAGCCGUUGCUUGUUCAAACGUUGGAGCUUCAGCCCCUGCUCGAGCUCUUCUGGCUGUCCGUGGAGACCUUGACACUCCCGCUGUUCCUCUUCCUCGACCCGGCAACGGCCCCGACAUGUCCGAAACCCACGCCACGGCAGUUUUCAAGGAUGAGAAGCCGCGCUGGUUAGAGCUUGCUACGUUUGUUGACACCUGCAAGGACCUCGAAACAGGAGUCCAGCUUCUUCUACAAGCCUUCGACCCGGACCAGUUCGUUUUGCCCAGGACAAGCUCUCGGCCUCUGACUGAGCUUCUGAAGAAGCCCGGCUACCUCGACCUCUUCUCUGGGACACGAGGCGUUGCAAAGGAGGUCGUUAAGCUUUCAGGUACUUGGUGCCUGACUUUUGACUGGAGUCACUCUGCCUCGGAGGACCUCUUGGCGCCGGAGCUCCGGGGAAGAAUUCUUGAGCUGAUGAAAAGAGGUGCUUUUCUUGGAGCUGGAGGCGGUCCGACUUGCAGCUCUUUUAGCAGAGCCAUCCGUCCGCCUGUGCGCAGUCUUCAGUCUCCUCUUGGCCUCCCUGACGCCCGAGAGACUAUGCUGAAAAAGAUCGAGGAGGGCAACUCUCAUGCUGACUUUAUGGCCGAGGUCGUCGAGGGCGCCCUGGCUAUGGAGAUCCCUGCCUGGACCGAGAACCCAUCUGGCAGCUACUUGUGGCACACCCCUCGCUGGUCGCGCCUGUCAAAGGAUUACGAGCCCGAGGCCAGCCUCAUUGUCGACUAUUGUCGAUUUGGCACGCCGUGGAGAAAGCGUACCAGAGUCUUUGCGCCUGGCCCUGGCUCUCUUGGGGGUCAGCGUGUCCUUUGUGCUGGCGGACACGAACACGUGAAGCUGACGGGCUACUCGAAAGUCCACCGCUGCCAGUUCACUAAGGCGGCCGAAGCUUUCCCUCGAGGCCUUAAUCGACUGAUCGCUUGGCACUUGGUGAACCCGCACCUUCCUCCAGCUCAACGUCGCCGGCUUGACGUAGCAGCUUGUGCUCGGUGCCAUUCCCAGCGAAUUGGCGAGGCUUCUCGUCCUGGACCAGUUCCGGGUGCUCCUGCUUCUUUGGAGGAAGUGCAGCUCGUUUCCGCUCGCACCUUGGCCAUCCAGGACACUGUGCUCGGUGACUUCGAGGGUUUUCUUAGGAGGGAGCUUAGUGGUCCAGCACGUAAGUCCCUUUGUAGCCAUGCCAUGGUUUACUGUGUCCUUGUUCGCUCUUACGGCAACUGGCUCUUCCAAAACGGGGAGCCCCUAUACAAGUUCCGGCACCUGAUGGCCUUCCUGCAAAAGAACCGUUUUGAGCUGCGCCCUUUCUUGAGCUUCGGAUGGGAUUUGAUCACGAGAUGGGAGAGAGUCGUGCCCGUUGUCCAUCGAGUCCCUGUACCUGAAGCAAUUGUGAGGGCUUUGCUUUGCCUUGGAGCUCUGCGAGGUUGGGUUCGCUGGUGCUGCGUGCUAGGGCUUGCUUACUAUGGACUUGGUCGCGCUGGAGAGCCGCUGCGUGCAAAACGCAGGGACCUUUUGCUCCCGAGUGACACGCUGAGCCCGCUCUCUGCCGGGUGCUACAUGGCUGUGAAAUCUCCAAAGACUGCUUUCCGUGGAGGCGGGAGGACUCAACACCUCUGCGUGAAGGAGACCUUCUUCGUUCAGUUUUUGGAAGCUUCCUUGAGGAACCUGGAGCCUGACGAGGCCCUGUACCCUGGCUCAGCUGGCGCUUUCAGAAAGCGCUGGGACUGCCUUCUGUCUCAGCUCGGCGUACCAAAAUCUGCAAAGCUGUUGCCGGGCGGCCUCCGAGGCGGCAGUGCUGUCAGAGAGUACAAGGCCGGCGUCGACAUCAGCAGCCUGAUGUGGCGCAUGAGGAUCCGAAACAUAGCGACAUUAGAAGCAUACGUUCAAGAAGUUGCUGCGAUCUCCGUAAUACCAGCCCUGACGAAGCAGUGUCGACAAAGUGUUGCAGCUGCUAGCGCGCUCCUUGAGGUGACCUUCAACCAGCUCUUUGCCUAG